CGCGGCUGGGGAGUGGGGGACUUUCUCCUAGAGUCGUGCACCAGCGUGCGCGCGGUGCUGGAGCCGCACCGGGUGGCCAAGGCGGAAGGAAACCUGACUCCUCAUUUGAGGGAUCCUGUCACAGGAAUGUGUGAGUCCUUGGAUAAAUUUGGCUUGGUGACAGCAGUAUGCUUUUUCCAGAGACACUGCCACUUCCUCAGUGCUCCUUUUCUACCCUGACCUAAGUUUCUCAGUGUUAACCCCUGUAGCAAGUGAGAAGAUUUGCCCUUUUCAUACUUCUCUGCUACUUGCGACUCUCUUUCCCUUCUUUUGCCCCUUUUAGGAGGAACUGGGGCUGAGGUGCUGACAGCCAGGGCUGCAAAGAAAAUGGGGACUUUAGAAGCAGCACUCCUGGCAGUACGAUCUUAAUUCCUUUUGGGUUCUUACCUAAAUUUGUUGCUGUUGGCAGAAUUUCUAGAAGCUGCUGGGGGAUUUAACUAGCUCCCAUGGAGCUCCAUUACCUUUCUAAGAAGAGCAGCCAGGCAGACCUGUGCGAUGCCAUGGACCAUAGUUCAGGAGGGCUUCCUGGUGACCCUAUAGAUGUAGCAGCCAUCAGGGCUGCUCUUUGCUGUCAAAAACACUGUACGUCUACACCAAGAUUAUCUGGGAUGGAAGGGUCUAGACAUAGCCCUUCUCCAGCAUCCCCUUCCUCCUGUCUGCAAGACAGUGUUAUUCAGCCAAACUUCUUCCCACCAGGACCCCUUGACUCAGGGAACAACCAAAUAACAGCAGAACGGAAAGUCUGCAACUGCUGCAGCCAAGAAUUAGAAACAUCUUUUACUUAUGUGGAUGAGAAUGUCAACUUGGAGCAGCGGAACCGGAGGUCCCCUUCAGCAAAAGGCAGUAAUCAUCCUGAAGACCUUGGCUGGGGAAAUCCAAGUGAAUGGUCUCAUGAGGCUGCCAUAUCCUUGAUCUCCGAAGAUGAAGAUGACACCAGUUCAGAAGUCACAUCUUCAGGGAAAUCAAUUGACUAUGGUUUCAUCAGCGCCAUCUUGUUCUUGGUCACUGGCAUUUUGCUGGUGAUCAUUUCUUACAUUGUCCCACGAGAGGUGACAGUGGAUCCCAACAGCGUGGCAGCCAGGGAGAUGGAACGUCUAGAGAAGGAGAGUGCAAGGCUGGGGGCUCAUCUGGACCGCUGUGUGAUUGCUGGGCUCUGCCUCCUCACACUUGGGGGGGUUGUUCUGUCUUGUUUGUUAAUGAUGUCUAUGUGGAAGGGGGAGCUCUAUCGUCGAAACAGAUUUGCAUCUUCCAAAGAAUCUGCAAAACUCUAUGGUUCUUUCAACUUCAGGAUGAAAACCAGCACUAAUGAAAACACCCUGGAGCUGUCCUUGGUAGAAGAAGAUGCUCUCACUGUGCAGAGUUAAUUGUGAUUAUGAAUUUCUUGGAGAUUGCCUUGGCAUUUUAUAAGGAAAAAAGGUGUUUUUUUUCCUCCUCAAAAUUAACAGUGCAAUUUAUUUGCCAGCCAGAAAAGUUUAUUUCUCAAACCAAUAGUCAGUGAGUGUUUUGCAUUGCUUCUAUUUAGAAGAAAAACCAUGUAAAUUGCUUAAGAAAUCACAACCAGCUACACCUAUCUUUCUGAGAGCUGUAAACUAAUCUUUAAUGGCUAUGAACUUCUAUAGCAAAAUGCUUCUAAUGACCCAAUAUACAAAUGAUUUCUUUUAUACAAAUAUGGGAUAUUAUUCUUUGGGUACUAGGAGGUCCCUGAUAUCAUGGGAUCAGUUGGCAACUGAUUUUGUGAAAAAUAAGCACUAAUCACAUAAGAAGGCUAACAUUUAAUUCUCAAAGGUGCUUAUUUUCUUGCUGAAGUUUUCUUACUGUAAUUUGUCUAGACAAUAAAAAUACAGAUUUGGUGAUGUGAAUAUCAUUAAGCUUGAGGAUGUUGGUCAUUUUAAAAAAAUAUAAAAAUGUCAAAUUUAAAAUUAUUCCUGUAUUCAGAAAUGGCAACUACAUAUAUCAUUGGGAUAAACUUUCUAAUAAAAACUAUAUAAAUCAUCAUAAGACUAAGGGGAAGUUAACCCACAGAGUUAAUGCCAGAUAUUCACCAGUGUCACAUGCCAUUUUCCUUGAAAUAAAAUUAGUUAUUAUAAAUUUUA